AUGGCUCAGCUGCUGCCGCUGCUUCUGAUCCUGGCGUUCGGGGCGCCGCGCGCGGCCGCCCACCGCCCGCUGCUCACGGGCCCCGUCGGCGGCGCUGCGCACAGCACCUGGGAAGCUGCCCUGCAGGUGCCCUGGGUGACCAGCAGCUGGAGCGUCAAGAGGGUCGUGGAGUGUGACGCGCCUGUGUUGUGGCUCAAGUUCACGGCAGAGCGCGCCAACCAAGAUGUCCACUUGACAGCAGGCACCCCUGCCGUCCCUGGCCUUGCCGCCACGCGGCCCGCACUCGCGCUGUUCGGCCCGGGGCUGCCCCCCUACAACGCCUCCUCCCUCGGAUUCGCCGCGCCGCCGCCGAAGCCGGGGCAGGGCUUGAUCCGGGUGGGGUCGCCGGCGGACCAGAGCAACUGCAAGUUUCUUGAGAACACGGUGUCCAAACGGUCCUACAAGCCGGCCAACUUUUCGGGCGUCGGCGCUCGCUGUGGGUACUACGAGCCCUACAGUAAGGCGUACCUCUGGAUUACCGCGGACGCGAACGUCACCCUGCCCGUAAAGGGGGGCACCUACUACCUGGCCGCUUUCCUGGACGGCCGCAAGUCGACCGGCCGCUUCACCGUGGCGAUCGCCAAUUGGGCGGAGGAUGAGGACUUCAAAAGACCUUAUCAGGCGCCGAAGGGCAACAGGGAGUCCGUCAACUGGACCGACGCGGCGGCGACGCCGCCCGCGGCCUGCUGCGCGGGCGGGAAGGCGGCGGUCUUGCCGGCCAAGGCGGGGGCGGCGAAGGCGGCGUGGCAGGCGGCGGGGGACGUCCGGUACUGCCCGCCUUUCAACGCGUUCGGCUGCGGACCCCAGCCCAAGGAUCGAGCCCUGCAGGCGGCAAACGCAGAGGUCCCCGCCGUGUCGCCGGCAGCUGCCGCGAAGCUGCUCAAGGAGGGCUGGGCGUACCUGGAGAUGCGCCCGGCUCUCGCGCUUUAG